AUGGACGAAAGGAAAAGUUUGUCCUCGUCUUAUGGAGAAGCUUGUAGGAAAGACUCAGUCUGCUCUCCAUGGCCAAAUGGUAAAUAUACUCACUAUUUUUGUCUAAACCAGCAAUUAAUUAAUUUAAAUCCAGUGUUUAUAGAUAUUUAAGUGACAUUUUUAUCAUGCAAGAUCCACUUUUAUGUUGUUUCAGAUACAGCAGUUGAUUUCUGGCACAGCACUCCAGUGAAAAAGGUAAAAUUCCCCUUUAAUCCACAUAUAAAUAAAUGCCCAAGAGCAUUUGAACCACAGAGGGCGAGUACUUGAUUAAUGUAUAAAAAUAAAUUUGAUCAUAAAAGCAGUCAUCACAGUCAAAAUUAGAAUGACAGAACAAGAUAAACAAGAUUAAAAUCCAAAACUGCAAACAAAACACUUAAAAUUACUGUCACAUUAUGGUAAAAUAUUACUGUAUCCAAAAUAAUAUGAUAUAUUAUCAUACAGGACUAAUAAUCUCACACAUUGCAAACCUCCAUUUUGAAAUAAAAGUAGAUAUAUUCAGUUAAAGUGGUUAGUGCCAAAGAGAAUCAGUCUAGUUUAGUUUCUUUAGUGUGCCCAGGUCUGUUUCAGCCUGACUCAAACAGGUAAGAAAGACUGUCUUUCUCCAGAGUGUCUAACUGUAAACACAUCCUCUUCAGGAUAACAAUGCUGCUUCAUCAGACCCCAGACAAGCCUCUGUUCUGACCAGCCUCAAGAUGGACCAAACAUCAAGACAAUGGGGAAAAACUACACCUCCAACCCAAACAGACGUCCUCGGCCACCGCAGUAUACAGGAUACAGAGGUGAGAUAAGACUACAGCCCGGAAACUUCUUCAUUAGUCAUUUAUCAAGUGAUUGGUUAACAUGUAGGCAGCAGACUCAGAAACAUCUGCCACCUGUGUGUCAGCUGGUCACAGAGCAAUGCUCUCAAUGCACUAAAUUUGGAAAAUAUUAGGUCAUGAGAGUGAUGAUCCUAAAAACUUUUGCAGCACUUUUAAAUAAUACAUUUCUGGUUACUUAUAAUACCCUACUGUAAAAAGAGAUUUUGGUAACAGGUCAUAUCCUUACUAGCCUUUUAUUCUUUGAGUACAGUUUCCAGUGAGUGACCCAAGUGGCUCCACCAUACAGAGGCAGAGAAGGGAGCUGCAGCUGCUGAUGGCUGAGCUGAAGGACCGAGACAGGGAGCUGAACGCUACGGCAGCCUCUCAUCGGAAGCAGCUUCACGCAUGGGAACAUGACCGCCAGAGGGCGCUGACUUUGGAGCAAAGGUGUGCACGUCUGGACGGUGAGGAUGCUUUAAUGUCUUUUCAUUUGUUAUGUCUGGUUCACACAUUUGAGCAUCAUAAAUACAAUCCAUGCUAAUAUAAUAGAGCUCAGUUGAAUAGAUGUAUCCCUGUAUGACAGUGAUUCCUGUUGUGGGUGUUUGAUGCAGAUGAGUUGCAGAAGCGUAACGAGGUGAUCAGAGUUUUGACUAAACGAGUGUGGGUGGUGGAAACAAGGGAGGAGGAGGUCCAGAAGGAUCUCAGAGCUGCACGACAGCAGCUCUGUGAGCUGGAGCAGAAACAGCAGCACAUCAGCCAGAAAUGUGACGACUUUGAGGUACCAGCAGAUCGUUCAGUUACUUUAAACUACACUUAUUUUUGGUCCAUAUAAAAGCACCUGCUCACAGCUUGUGAGGAAUAUUCAAGUCAAUGGAUGAUGAAGAUGAUGAUGGUGUUAGGUUGAAGUGUCUGUGGUGUCCCUCAGGAGAAGAACCAGAGUCUGAGCUCAACAGUGAUGGCUUUGUCCACUCAGAUCGGCUCUCUGCAGGUCAGAGAGGAAGAAUUGAGCUCCAUGCUCAAACUUAAGGUACUCCUGUGGGUUUUUGAGUCUGUGUCAUUUACAGAAACAUGCAGAAGUUUUGUUUGUUUUUCUGUUUCUGUUGAACGUCAGGAUUAAUUUAGGAUUUGACAAACUACUCGUUGGUGAAUGGGAUUUUUUUCUCCCAUCAGGACAAAGAUGUGACUGAGGCCUCGGGUCACAAAGCAGAGCUCACCGAGCGUCUGCAAGAGCUGGAGACUUCACUGACAGAGAGUCGUUCACGGGAGAGCAAACUGCAGAAAGAUUUAGAGGAAAACAAACGCCGCUACAAAGAGGCUCGACACGAGGUCACACACCUGAAAGGUAACAAAACUGAAGCUACAUGUGUGACAGAGACGGUGUGUUCAGGCUACAGUAGAAACCUCCCUAUGAACUGUUUUGAUGUAAGAAGCAUUAGAAAGAAGAUAAAUAAGAGAUGCAAUAAGUUAAUGUUCCAAUUAUGAUCUUGAUCAAGAUGCAAAGAAGUGUAAAUUGUGUGACUUGUUAACACGUGUUAUUGUCUGUGCUUGUAGAGGAGCUGCAGCAGCAGGUGACCCAGAGCAGCACUCAGAGGGAGGAGAUGAUCCGACUCAAACAGGAGCUCCAGCUGCUCCGCAGAGAUCUGGUUCUGUCAGGUCCAAUACACUCUCUGUGGUUUUUAUUUUAUUUGAGUUGUGAUUUUGGGAGAUUUUUUGACAGGAAAGCUGGAGGGAGGGGUCGUGGCCAGGAAUCGAAAUUGUGACAGCCAUGAUCAGGGCUGCAGCCUCUGUAUAUGGGGUGACGUGUGUUUCGACCCCCUAGGCCAUGAGCGCUCCACUCCCUGUGUUUUCAAGAUAUUUAUCUGUUUUGAUUAUUGAGUUUAUUGAUUUCUUACAAUCCUUUUUUCCCCAUAUAUGAGUUCAUCCUAACAAUUACAGUCUACUUAGCUUACAUACUAUACCUUGUCCUUUUUAAUCUCACCAGUUUGAGGAUCCUUGAUUAUUUUAAGCUUAUUUAAGUUUGUUUAUAUCAGUUUUAAAUGUGUUAUAACUUUAUCUCUGUGCUGUGAUUCUUUUGGUUUAGAUCAGUGCUGCUGCAGCUGAAAAAUGGCCAUCAUGAACAGGAACAGCUUUUUUACAAUACUGGUGUUUUUUUCUUUCACCAGGGGAGGGCGACAGCUGGAAGGAGGAGCUGCUGGAGUUGGCCCGCUCCAAACAGGAACGCACCAUGUCGGAGCUACGUUGCCUCCGCCAGGUGAAGUAUUUCACACGUGCAGCAAACAACAUUAAGAGGAGGGAAUAAAGAAUGAGCCACAGUUAUUAUCCAACACAGUUUUAUGAAAUUGAACUUUUGAAACUGUUAGAGGAUGCCGGUUUCCUCAUUCCUCCCAAUCAGUCUGUUGUUGAUGUUAGGUGAUUUUCUGGUCGAGCAGCAUACCUCAGAGGGAUCCUUCAGUGUCUGAACUUCAGCUGAGUGACUCUGGGUCACUGUCAUGACCAUUACAUGUUCAACCACACUAAUGUAGAAGAAUUGGUUCUGUGAAAUCACUGUGACUGCUCUUCAAGACAAAUAAUACUCAAGUUUUCUGAGAUCUCCUUCUGCAAGAGCUCUGUAUAUCUGUGAUAACAGACUAUGCUCACUUUGAGGGAUCCAGUAAAAUUAAAGGAUUUAAGUCAAACACCCUCUGUUUUAUUCAGAGAUAAAGAUGCUCCAACUGCUGUUUGAUUUCUGCCUUUAGGUGUCGGAUGGUUUCUUUCUUAUAAUGUAGAUAUAAUGACGCUGUUUUACAGGUGUGUGAGAAUCAGAGGAAUGAUCUGCAGCUGCUCCAACAGAACCUAGAAAGUGCCAGAGAAACCCUGCGGGAGAAGACUGCUCAGGGAUUACCUGGCAGGUAAGUCCUGUGCAAGAAAACAUGACCACAGGGGCGGAUCUAUGAGGUCACCAGGGGUGACCUCAUAGAUCAUAGAUCCCCAAAUCUGGUCGGCCACCCUUAAAUCCUUCGCUGUUAUUGUAUUUUUGCACAUCCUUUUUUCUUCUUAAAAAAUGUUUGUUGUUCCUGAAAAAUUACAUGCUGAAGUGCUUUCCUAACAUAUGGGUAAUAAUGAUGACUAUCUAAGAGAAUAAAAUAUUGAUAUUGUGCGAGUUAGUUAGCCGUAGCAGCCCUCUGAGAGAUGAUUCGGCACUUUUGAAAAGUGACGCCCUGAGAUUUAAGUAAGAGUUAAAAAAAAUCAUUCUAGCUUUUUCCUCAUCAGGUUACUCAUCAACUAAACAUGCAUAUUUUCUAGCUGUUAUUUUGACUAUUCUCUUUCAGUUCUGUAACUUACAAUCUCAUAGAAGUGGUGCCCUUCAAAAUAAAAGCAUUGUUUUAAAAUGCUGAAAAUAGAACUACCUAAACCCAAGACAGAAAAAUAUCAAGUUAAGUGUGAAAAACAAUCACUGUAGGAGGUAAUGUCUCCUCUUAGGAAGUUUCUGUCAUGAGGAUUGUGGAUAAAUCAUAAAUGGUAAGAAACAGAUGACAUUAAAGUUGUAUACGUUUAUAAAUGGCGGUGUUGCUCCGCCCUUGUGAACCUAUUCAAAUGAAACUCAGUGUAAACGUUUUUUUUUUUGUGGAAAACAGAUACUGACAUCUGGGUAUCACACACAAGUAUACAUGAUUUGUUUUUGUCUUUUGUGUUUCAGUCAGGAGGAGUUGAGAGGUGGUUAUGCGGAGGAUAGGUCAACUUCAUCUGUGAGAGGAAAAAACUUCAGACCGUCACAUGAUGGUGUCACUCCACCUGCAGCAAACCAGCAAAGACCCUCCAACAGUGAGCAGAGAGUCUUCUCAGCACACUGGAUGGAUGUAAGGCUGAAUGAAACAGACCUCCCUUCACAACAUUUCACCCUCCUCCAAACAUGUUUGUCUGAUUGUUUUCAGAAGUUUCAGAGUUUUCUAUUCUCCCCUCUUUAGGGUGAUGAUCCUCUGUCCAGCCGGUCUCUUCAGCAGCUGUUAGAUGAGUCUAGGCAGGUCAUCAAGGCCAGUUCAGAGCGUCCAACCUCUGACCCUCUUCACUGUCACUGUUGCCAGACCUCCCCCCACCACCACCACCCAACCCCCUCCACAUACAAGGUAGAGAAGUUUCAUCCAUUUGGAUACUCUGGGUGUGGCAUCAAAGGUGUAAAAUGUUUGGUUAAACUCCUUUCAGUUUGGGUGUGUAAAGACAUAACAGCUUGAUUUCUCUUUUGCCUAACAGGUCGGUGAAACUCCACCCAAAUCCUGCCCUCAUAUCAGUGCCAGAAAAGACAUGUGGAUGAGCUGA